CUCGUGGAGUCUCAUUUGAGAGCGCUCGGCUCAUGAGCUGGGGAAAGCUCACGUAAUAGUAGAACCUUCGUGUUGCAGAUAACAAGUUCUGAGCUCGUUUUGCCGCUUCUUCGUCUCCGCUCCUCCUAGUCGGGUAAGCAAACCCUGGAGAUAUGCCUCAUCAAGUCCGGUGUCAUUUGGCGAUUGGGUGACAUACUAUCCGGUGCCUGCAUGUGGUUUGAUGUUAUCAACUAUAAAAACGUCUAGUUUCUCAAUGCUGAGAACCACUGUCAGACCACAUUGUGUGAGCUUCUACCAAGACCACCAGGAGGCAGACAAUAUGCCAGAAUACGUCGCUACGACACAAGAGCUUGCAAGACUGCCGGGGAAGACAAAGCGACCUUUGUGCCACUUCAUGGACGCACAGGCGCUGCGCCUCAACCAGGCACUAGUGGCGUAUGGCGUGUCGUAUAUCUCGUCUAUCCCGAACGAGCUCCUCGAGAUGAUAUUUGUAGAGACAGUGAAAGCAACCAUUAAAGCAGAUGGAGACUACUCUUCUUCAUGCGCCCUCACCAGACUACGCCUCCGCUCCAGGCCUGAGCUUUUGCUUACGAGUGUUUCACAGCGUUGGAGAGCUGUGGCGCUCGGGAUGCCACUGCUUUGGACAGAGAUCCGACUUUUCCUCCGGCAGAAUGUAGAUCUUGUCAAUCUUUACUUGACCCGCUCACAAGGACAGCUGCUUGACAUGCGAUUCAUUGGCAUUCAUUGCGAUUUUCACAGUCAGAGCUUGCCUGAGUUUGACCCAGAUUACUUGCGUAUAUCCCACAUUAUUCUCUCGCACAUCCAUGUCUGUCGCCGUUUGGAAGUUCACGGGGCUUUCCCGUUCCCCAAACUUCUAGAUGGGUUCAAGCGCAUAAAGGCACCAAUGCUUGAAGAACUUAUGGUGCACUAUCCGCUUAACAUCCCAAAUAGCAGACAUAUCUUGUUCACUGAAGAUCUGUUCCUAUCUGCAGAUCGUCUUAGGGUGCUCACCUUAAACGGCUUAUGGGUUUCCGGUCUUUCCCCCGAGAAUUUCAGCAACCUACUCUCCCAUCUCACAUCACUGACUCAUCUCACAUUAAUCGGUGAACCCGUGGAUUAUGUUCGCAGCGUGGAUAUCCCAGUCGUCGAAAUACCUUUGCUCCAGACAAUGGUCCUAAAGCCUGGACCAAAUAUUUCAAGGACGUAUUUACCUACUGUUUUCCGGACAAUACGUGCCCCCGCGCUACGUGAGCUGGUAUUGGAUUUCCACACUGCGACCCUCCUGAAGCGUGGAGCACCGCCCUUCCCCUCUGUACGCCUUCUCACGUUGUGCAGCAGGUCUAUGGCAUACGACGGUUGGCAUGCCCUUGCACACGCAUUCUCAGGCAUAACGACACUCUCGGUCUCCAAAUGUAUUAUGAACCAGUUGAUGGGCUUCCUCUCAUGCGCGGGGAGACGAGAUGCAUUCCCGAAUUUGCGGACACUGUUGUUUGAUGACGUCCAGUUCGAGUGGUCGUUGCUAAUCCAACUAUUGCAGAUCAGGGAGGCGGCGGGGAUGCCUGUUCGCGAGGUCAAGAUGAGGGGCUUUAAGAAGCAUGCGCAGUCUGAACUAGUCGGGAAGUUGGUGGCUUCUCUUGCUACGUACACUCCCGUUGUGAUUGGUUGGACUUGAUCGCGACAUGUAUACUAAUAGGGCCUAUUAUAUUAAGGCUAGUUACGGGAUUUAUCAUCGCAUCGGUGUGCCGUGAACGUCCUCGUCUGAUGAAAUUACCUAGUUCAAUUGAAA